AUUGUACACAGCCACAUUUUGUCAAUUCAUUUUGUUGCCCCCCUAUUUAACAAGGUCCCCUUUUCAAAAAAUUUCAUUUUGGUCCAACAACUAUCCUCCUAGCAAAUCCUUCAUUCUCCAAAUGGCUCAGAUGAAAGUGGUAAUGAAGGUGCUCACCAUGUCUGAUGAAAAGACAAAGCAGAAAGCCAUAGAAGCUGCAGCUGAUAUUUUAGGGGUAGAUUCAAUAGCAGCAGAUCUAAAGGAGCAGAAACUAACAGUGAUAGGAGAAAUGGAUGCAGUAGCAGUGGUAAAGAAGUUGAAAAAGGCAGUGGGUAAAGUUGAUAUAAUAUCAGUAGGGCCAGCUAAGGAAGAGAAGAAAGAGGAAAAGAAAGAAGAGAAAAAGGAAGAAAAGAAAGAGGAAAAGAAGGAAGAAAAGAAAGAGGAAAAGAAAGAAGAGAAGAAAGAAGAGCCGCAGAAGUGAUUUAUCUCCAUUUGGUAUACUACAAUCCAAACAAAGCUUUGGGUCUUCAAAUUGUGUUAAUUGUAUACGCAAUUGCAAGUAUGAAUCGCUUCUUUGUCUCUUUAGACUAAUUAAAUAAAAUUUUGUCUUGUUUCUUCGUGUUA